AUGCUACGAAUACUCUUAAGUUGCUCUCCCCCACCUUUUGUUUCAAUCUCUCAAAGUGAAAUGUACAAAUUUGGACGAAAUCAAGAGUCGUCUACAGGAGUGAGAAACGAUCGUUCAAUUUCUAAAGAAGUUUCUUCGACGCAGAAGAACAACUUUUUAACGUGCAUGCGAUGCAAGCUAGCUAAAGGCCGUAAUGGGUACAACAAAUCCCAAUGGCAGAAAGGGUACCGAAGUUGGCGUGGUGAAAUCGUAGCAAUCUCUGAAGCUAAAGCAAUUUGCUCAUCGUGUCAACCAAAGCAAGCAGACGUACUGAAUUGCCCUGCCUGUAAUGAGGACAAACCUGUUGCUGCGUUUUCAAAGUCUCAACGCAAGACGAUGGCUCCAAGGUGUCAAGCUUGUGUCCAUUUACAAAGAAAUGAUGGCAUUGAAGAUAAUGAUGAUGAAGCAUUUAUCGAUCCCUUCGAGGAUGAGGAGGAUGAUGAUUUUGAUUUUGAAGACUAG